AUGUUAGCGUUAUUACUUCUAAACAAUAUGACGGCUAAGCGCAAGGCUGCGAAACGAGUACAGGCUCUACGAGUAGAGCAAAGAAGACCAGCUUCAAAGGAUCCAGAAGCGGCUUGCUGCAGGACUUGCCUAAAUAGAAAUACAGACGAUUUAAUGGCGAUAUUUCUGGACAAAGAGAGCGAAAUGAAAAGAUCGCGCGAAUUAAAACUUGUGACUGGAUUGAAGAUAAGAAUGGACGACGGCCUAUCACAGCAGAUUUGCACGCGAUGUGUAGAGACCAUGACUAUAGCGAUGCAGUUCCGCAGAACUAGUCGGAAGGCUGAGAAGGAACUACGGAGUUUGCUGUCAGUCUGCGACCGCACGUGCACGGAAUCUAUAAGGAAAUCAGUAAAUCUCACACUUCGAAGGAGUAUGGCUAGACCUAAGGUGGUCACAGUGCCCAGACGUAAAGUGCCCCCGAAUCCAAUGAAGACCACGAAGGUUGAGAAGGUGGAAUUGAACGACUAUAGUUAUGAAAUCUGUGGCGAGGAGUUCCAGAAUGAUGACGUUGAUGACGAUUACUCAGUCGUUGUCAAACCGGAGACUAACGAUGUUACUGAUGCUGUUGAGGAGUUGCAAGAACCGCAAUCGCCACCGAAGUCGAAACGCCUUCCGAACCUCACGUCGUACAAGUGCGCGACGUGUAGCAAGGAGUUUCGUAUGAAGGCCACGUAUAAAGCGCAUAUACGUUUUCAUACCAACUUCUGUGUGUGUGAGGUAUGUGGAAAGAGGUGUCGCAACAACAAUCAACUACAAGAACACAAGCGAGCUCGCCACGGACUCUAUAAGAUACAUAAGUGCGCCUACUGCGAGUACAGCUCCGCCACUAAAGAGGCUCUUAUUAUCCACGAACGUCGUCACACUGGGGAGCGGCCCUAUAUAUGUGACCACUGCGGCGCUACCUUCCAUCGGAGGUCGAAUCUUGUACAGCACAUUGCUAUACAUCUCCCCGAGAACAACUUCCAGUGUGACAUGUGCCCGAAACGGCUGAAAUCGCGCAAAUUCCUUCAGAUACACAAAUAUAAUAUGCAUACUGGUAAAAGAUAUGGUUAUCUAUGCAGCAUAUGCGAGCAUAGAUUUGAAAAGCCUAAUAAAGUACGUGCGCAUAUGCGAAGGGUGCAUGGAGCUGCUGAUGACCAAAUUGGACCUAUAGCUAGAGUACAGCUAUAA